AUGCAUCUCCCAUCACAGAAACUCCAGCUCCGCCCUAAACUUACUGCCGUUCUACAACACUCAAGCAAGAAUUCCACUUCCAAGACCCCUGAAGCUUCAACACCGACGAAGCCAGCUAGCAGUAUCAACAUCAAAGACAAGCGCAACAUCAAGAUUGGCAUUGCCGCACUUCGUACCGUCAGCAAAUGGACCGAUAAAGCUGCACUGACGCUCGAGAAGCUCGAGGGCCAAGAAGCGUCGAAACACUGCCAAGAUCGCCAGGCGCGCUUGAUCGCUCAAGAUGACAGUAAAUCAUACGGAAAACUAGCCCAAGAUACCGGGGUAUGGAGAGAGACUGUGGUAUACCCGGUACCUGCCCAGGUUGAUAGUGCUAGGGGGAUCGAAGCACACGAACAGCCAAGGGUGUACGGAGCACCAGCACCUGCCAGCCAGGGAGAAAGUCACAUUACAAACAGCGUCGUGGGGGCACCGCUCGUCCAGACUCAUCAUGCGCAUGUCUUGGCUUCCGUGGAGGAGUACUAUGACGAAAGUAGUAAUGACGAGGAGGGUAGCAGUACCUCUAAGCAGAUCGGUCUCAACAGCUCCACAGACGUUGACGCAGAUGAAGAUACCGAUGAGGAAGAUACUUCUGAUGAUUCCAGCGAUGAUGAGAAGGAGGACGACAGCGAUGACGACUCGGAUAGCGAGGAGCACGAUAGCUCUGAUGAUGCUGAGUCUUCGGACGAGGAGGAAGUGGAUGUAAACCAGCCGAUGAUCAUGAAUGCUAGGAAGUGA